CUCACUGACGAGGAUCGCAACAACAUCCGUGCAUUCCAGCUGAAGCUGGUCGGGAACAUUCCUCAUCGUGUAUUUGAUCGCAUGUGGCAGUCUUUUCGGCACAAAAUGACAAUAGACUCUGAAUGGGUCAUUCUGUGCCGCCUUGCCACAUUAUCAGGUAUUCAACUGAUCAACUAUGAUUGCUGUAUUAACUCGUGUAUUGCAUAUACCGACGACUAUUCCCAUCAUAUCCAAUGUCCUUUUUGCAAUGAAUCAUGCUAUGAUGCCGGUGGACGUGCAUGGCAACAUUUUUCAUAUCUCCCCCUCAUUCCCCGUCUUCAGGCAUUUUUCCAGAGUCCAGAUAUGAUACAACUGCUUUCAUAUCGGCAGAACUAUGUCGGAGAGCCUGGCAUCAUUCGAGAUGUCUUUGACUCAGAGUGGUAUCGCACGCUAUGUCAGACCGAUGUUAUGGUUGAUGACGUCAAAUGGCAACACAAAUUCUUCUCCGGAAAGCAUGACAUAGCGUUCUCGCUGUCAGUGGACGGUUUUCUGCUUUUUAAU